AUGCAGCAGUUCCACUUCAGUCUUGGCGCGGCCCACAAUAUACUGCACAUCUGCGAUGCGCUCCCGCAGGCUAUCGUUGCCGUUGCGCGGCGUGAAGUUGGCCAGAAACUGCUGCCAGAGUCCUUCUCCAGUAUUUGCGGAGGACCAACACCUGCUGUCAGCCGCCGCAUCGGCGUUCUCCUGCAGCCAGCGGGUGUAAUCGGGUGUCACACGGUAAGCCGUGUCGUGAGUCUUGUCAAAAUAGAGACGAUACAUCUCAGUGAGAUUCUGUGUAAUGGCCUGGGCAACCUCCACAUGACGCUGAAGCACAAGGCGCUGCAGACGCUCCCGUAUUGUGACAAUAUAGGACAGAAUCGGCGCGUAGGAGCGAGCGGUGAAAAGCUUGACCAGUGGGGCUGGCAGUUGGGCUGCUGUGCCACCAGUAUUCCAAGCAGCAGCAACACCGCUACCACCCUCCGAGACGAGGGUACGAGGGUGCGAAAACGCACGAGACCUCGAACUGCACGUCGCCCGUCGGGAUGUGAGGCCGCUGUUGCAGCUUUCGUUGUGGUUGUUGUUGUUGCUGCCGUCAUUGGGGCCUGUCAUCCGGAAAAUUGCCUCCUCUCCAUUUCCAGUAGUCGAAGCAGUAAUGCUCUCCUCGGCUGCAGCGUCUAG